GACUCCUGGCGCGUGCGCAGCGACGACCCGUUCUUUGAUGCGCGCUUGAUCGUGGACACCGCGGCGCACUUGGUGGUCAAUUCCUACAACCUGGCCCACAAGGCGGAGGCCAGGCGGGAGCAGAUCGCGAAGCAAAGCCCCUUCAAGUUCAAGGUGACCGCGCACGCGGCUCACGCGGCCCGAGCCUUCAGCAAGAGGAGGGUGCAGCUCCCUCAGGACUUCU